AUGAAUGAAUGUGUUGACGUUGAGCAAUUUGAAGGUCGACUGAUAACCAAACAAAUUUCUCAUUUAUUCACCUCCUCAUCUCUUGACUUAUUGUUUAGUGUUUACCAAGGCAAAUCAAAGACAACAUCAAAAAUAAUAAUUUAUUCAAGAAAAUAUACAAAUAAAGUAAUAAAAUAUUCAAGAAAAAACCUUAUAUUUACAAUCAAAGAACCAACACCACAAAAAGCCUAUUGGAUAGUUUAUGAUCAUGGUAGUAAACUCAAGAUUAUAUUUAUCCAACUUAAGAAUGUUCAUCAUCAAUAA